AUGUCACAAGCAGGCAAAUACCUCAAAUCAGCAAUGUCAGUGGUGACCCAUUUGGAAGAGGGUAAACCACAUUCCAGCAUCACAGAUUGGGUCGAAGUCUUAUCUUCCGAUAGGUACGAUGAGCUCAGUUUGGAUGGGAUACCAGAAUUGGUAGAGAGUAUCAAUCUACAAGCUUAUCAGGGUACAACUGAAGCCGCCCGGGCCAUUCGGAAGAAGCUUAAGUAUGGGAAUGUCCAUAGACAAUUGAGAGCUUUGGUUAUACUCCGUGCUUUGACCGAAAACGCUGGAAAGGGAUUCCAGUUGGGAUGGGCGAAUUCCCAAUUGAUGGAUCGACUCAAAGAUAUGGCACAAGAUAAUUUACUCGAUCCCAAAGUCAAGAAACGCCUCAUCAUGGUCUUCCACGCUUGGAGCUUGCAAUACAAAGAUGAGCCUCGGAUGCAAAACGUGGCCAACCUUUAUCGUCUCUACGGAGGUGGAGGUCCUACUGUUCGCCACGCGAGUUCCGUCUCCCACACAGCUCCCUCGACGACUCACACAAAGACAUCGUCCACCAGCAACCGAGGGGCAUUUGCAGAUACCGAAGACAUUUUCUCUCACGAUUGGGCACCUUCAACACGUGGUCCAGAUACAUACGCUGAUUUGGCUGCUGCAAAGGCUGACGCGGAAGCUCGCAAGUCGGAAAGAGAACGUAGGAUCCUGAUGGAACAACGCGAGGCCGAAAUCGAACGAAGGGAGAGAGAACUGAAGAGGAAACAAGAAAUGGCAGCUUUGGAAUCGAGACGACAGCAAGAAGCAUUGGAAGAACAAGAAAGAAGACGUAAUCUCAAAGAAGCUCAGAAGAAAGGUGCUUCACAGCCUAAAAGACCAAAGUUCGAUUUCGUAAAGGAGAAACCUCAGAUUUUGGUUAGCGUGGCAAAUGCCAUUCAAGCGGCUAACAAUCUGGUCAAUUCGUGUCGACUAAUCAACCGUGAACAUGAGACCGUCUUGGAAUCACCUAAAGUUCAAGAAAAUCUGGACAAAGCCAAAGCUGCUAGACGCGUGAUCAUACGAUACAUCCAACUCGUCAACGAUGAAGAAUUUGUCGGUACUCUUCUCGAAGCCAACGAAAAAGUCGUAGAGGCUAUACAACUUUACGACAAGUUGUCCAAACCCGCCGUCUUAGAUUCCGACUCUGAUUCUGCACCUGAGACUCCUGCAGGGGACAAAGAUCUCAAAUCUAUUAGUAAGAAACUUGAAGCUCAACGUCUUGAAGCGGAUCGUACGGGUGAAUUACAGAGAAUGCAAGAAAGACAGAAAUGGGAGAGCGCGAAACGUCAACAACGUCGUGCGCAGCGUCAGCCUACAAGUGUACAAAGUAGGGAUUCGGACAUUGAAGAUUUGCAAGAUUUGGAUUUCGGUGGUGGACAAGUUGGGGGACAACAAGGGAGAAGAGGUUUACAACCUCCUUUACGACCUGACUCAGAUGAAGGGUCUCUUGCUACGGGAUCACUAUCCGAUUUCUCAGACUACGAUUCCUCCGACGAAGAAUGGCGUCGCGCUCAUGGUCAACCCUCCACUUCUCGGUCCGUAGCUAAAGCAGGUCCUUCCACUGUGUCCGCACCUUCGACAAAGAAACAAACCCCUUACGCGCAAUUGGACGAUGAACCAGUGAGUAAAAAAGGUUUGCUCGAUGCCGAUGAUCCUUUUGGUGAUCCAUUUGCGGAUGAUGAUGAUACGCCUGCUGUAGAGAGACCUAGGAUGCAGUGGGCCGAGGUGUAA